AUGAGUUAUUUAUCUAUAUCCGCAUUAGAAGGAUUAAAACAGUAUGAUUACAAACGCUCAGCCCGCACUUCUUUUGAUAAAUUUUUUAACUCUCUGUUAUGGGAGCCUUUAUCUAAGCUAUAUCCCAAUUGACUGGCUCCAAAUUUGCUGACUUUAUUUGGAACUUUCACAGUUCUUAUGGUUUUGGGCUAUGCUUUAACCUACACUUCAUUAGAUUUAACAGUGAAGCCACCAAAUCAUAUAUGGGUUCUCGCUACAAUCGGGAUGCUGAUUUAUGAGAUCAUUGACAACACAGAUGGGAAAUUAGCCAGAAGGCUCGGAUUAUCAUCCCCAUUAGGGCAUUUGUUUGAUAGUGGUAUAUUUUAAUAUAGGACUUAAUUCGAUUUUUAAUACAAGUGCUGUAGCACUAUUAACCUCACAGUGUUUAGGGAUGAAAAAUUCAUAUGAAACAAUAGUGCUACUUAUGAUUCUUCAGACACCUUUUUAUUUUGCAGCAUGGGAAGAGUUGCAUGUAGGUGGUCAUAGAAUUGGAUCUAAUAAUUUUACUAUUUUUACAGCUUACAUACCUGUGUGGAUUUCUCUAUGAGCCAAGGCCACAUAGACGGCUGAAGAGCCUUUGCAUUCAUUCUAUUGGGAACAAGCCAUAUAUUUUAUAUGAUGAUCUAUAAAAGUUCAUGAGCUAUAUAGGAAUUUUUUUUUUAAAACAGUCUAAAAUCUGUAUGCUUAAUAAAAUAUAUAAUAUUUUUCCACCUAUAGAAUCCAAGUAUCAAAUCUCGGCGUUUCGGAGAUGGCAAUGAUUUUGAAAUCCGCCUGCUUAUUCAGUGUCUGCUUCAGGUAUGAUUUUUGAUACGCAGAAAUUAUAUAUGGCAUUAAAAUGAAAGAAUUCUUCGUUUCUAUUUUCGUACUUAUCUACAUUUGGGUUUUACCGGCAUGUAUAGCAAAUGUAAUUCUGGAGAAGAAAAAUGCGAGCCCACUUAAAGAGUUUUUCCCGAUAAUUCAGAUCAUUAUUGGAGUUUUACUGCUUUAUAAUACAGCUGCUUAUCAAAGCUACUCACUAAUAAUUAUAUUGAAUAUAUGUGCAGCUCUUGGCCUGGUUAGCUCAAAUAUGAUUGUAUGCUCAUGCACGAAAAAAGGAUUCGAGUGGCUAAGAAGUGAUAGUACUUUAUUUUUAUUGUACAGCUUACUAACCUUUGUAAUACAAAUCGAAGAUUUUUGGGUACAUGUUGGGUUUGGAGUUGCGCUUUGGUUUAUUCUUUUGCACUAUUUGGUAUCUGUGGUACUAGAAAUAUCAAGACACUUGGGUAUUCCCAUAUUGAGAGUUACCAGACAAAAACAUUAUUAA